AUGUCUCCCCAAAAUCUCAAACUACAAGACCCAGAAUCUCGCAAUGCUCCCGCUACAGAAAUCGCCACCGAGUUCAAUACCAUGCCGGGCUUUGAAACCCAGCCACAGUUCGCCGGUACUGCAGAGUACAGCGAUACAAGACUCUUUGCCAUUCUUGACGACUUCCUCCAGUCCAACAACAACAACACAGAAACAAGCCAUGACUCGGCAGUCAGGUCGAUUCUCAGGCUUGUUCCUGACGGGGUGCCGUUAUUACAGGAAGUUUCGAAUGUCGGCCAAGUCAUCUUGGAAAUUGCGGAGCAGAUACCGUAUUAUCAUCCAGCUCAUGUCAAACUUGCUCGUGUGCUGGAAGAGCCGAGUAUUUCGCCUAAGUUUAUGAGUGGGCCUGGACUAAAUGGCCUCUAUCAGCGCAGUCAGCGCUUCGACCGAGAACGAGAGAUUCGAUUUGAGGGAAAUUUCAGCGCCUUUCUGGCCCAUGUAUCAUCCGCGCAUAUUGGACGCCAUGAUCCAAGUGAUGCCUUGAUGACCAUGCAGAAUGCCCUGGAAACCCCUCUUGACGGCGAGACUUUGGCUGAUCGAAAAUUAGAGAUCAUUACUGCGGCUCAGUAUAUUCUCUGGGAUGGUCAGGGGUUGUUCAAGCAUGCUUUAUGCCCUUACCCUAACGAUGGGAGAGGGGAUUGGAAACCUGGCCUGCUUUGUAUUGGUGAGCAUGGGCUUACUUUGGAAAGGUGGCGGUUUUGGAAGAAGAAGUUUGAGAGGAUUACGGCUGGUGAUAGUGGAGUGGAUGAGGAAUGUAGGGAGGUAUCAAGGAAAGCGGUGGUGUUGAUGGAUGCUAUUGAAGAAUGA